CCGCUAAACAAAUCCGAGAGUCCCCGGAGGCGGCUGCCGCUGGUCAGUGGGGUCCGCUGGGGUUCGCUGCGAUCAGUAUUUUGUAUUAUGACUUCUCAAGAGAAGAUAGAAGAGCAUCCUUUUGUGGAUAUAUUUAAUGAAGAUGAAGCUGAAAAAGACUUUAUGUUGUCUAAACCUGUUUGCUUUGUUGUAUUUGGGAAACCAGGAGUUGGAAAGUCAACAUUAGCCCAGCUGAUAGCACAAACAUGGAGAUGUAUUCGUGUAGAAGCUUUGACAGUUUUGGAAGAACAGAUUGCCAGUGAAACUGAAUCAGGAGUUAUGUUGCAGUCGAUGCUGGUCAGUGGUCAAAGCAUUCCAGAUGAACUUGUCACAAAGCUAAUGCUGGAGAAGCUUAACUCCCUAGAGGUCUCUCACUUUGGUUAUAUUAUCACAGAAAUACCAUCACUUUCAGAAGAUGCCAUGACUAUUUUGCAGCAAAUAGAAUUACUGAAAAGUUUAGAUUUGAAACCUGAUAUUAUAAUCAAUAUUAAGUGUCGUGAUUUUGAUUUAUGCCGAAGAGUUUCUGGGCAAAGGCAGCACAGUGCCACCGGGCACAUUUACACAAGAGAUCAGUGGGAUCCUGAAGUCAUUGGGAAUCGUAGGAAAAGGAGGCGAGAAGCCCAGAAACAAGGAAAAGGAGAAGAGGAAGGGGAAGAGGAAGAAGAGCAAGAAGAAGAAGAGGCAUUUAUUGCUGAAAUGCAGAUGGUGGCUGAAGUUCUUCAACAUCUAGUUCAGAGGCCUGAGGAUUAUUUGGAAAAUGUUGAAAACGUUGUUAAACUUUAUAAGGACAUAAUUCUUCAUUCUUUAGAAGAAGUAAUGGCUGAACACAAUUCCCAGUAUCUCAUUGAGCUCGAUGGAAAUAAGCCCCCAGAGGAGCUCUUCGUGACGGUUAUGGAUCGACUUAAACAUCUGAACCUAAGAAAAGCAGCUAUUUUAACUAAACUUCAGAGUGCAGAGGAAGAAAUGAAUGAGGCAAUGGAAAAUGAUGAGCUGUUUCGUGCUCUUGCAUCUUGUAAACAUAUUGCACCAAGAUACAGAUGGCAGAGAAGCAGAUGGGGACAGAUGUGUCCCGUGAGUUUAAAAGAAGGUAACAUUCAUCUAGGAUUGCUAGACUUUUCUGUAAGUUUUCUAGGUAAAAUAUACUGUCUGUCAUCAGAAGAAACAUUAAAAAAAUUCCUAUUGAACCCACGUCCCUAUCUUCUUCCACCUAUGCCAACACCACCAUUUAAAGUAUUCAUAUUUGGACCUCAAUCUUCAGGAAAAACAACACUUAGCAAUUUGCUUGCAGAACAUUACAAAGGAAAGGUAGUUGACUAUGCCAAACUUGUUCAACCACGUUUUGAUGAAGCCCUUGAAACAUUAAUAAAAAAUACUAUAGCUGAGGCCACUGAAGCAGCUAUUAAAACUGUGAACGAACGUCUUCUCACAGAGCUAGAAGCUAAAAGACAAGACAAGUCAGCUUUAAGAGAAUUCGAGACAGAAUUUGAAAUGGCGGAGUAUGAAAAAUUCCCAAGGGAUAAAAACUUAGAAGAGGUGCCCUCUUCAUUUGAUGAAGAUGCAUUUACUCUCGAAUCCCAAAGAGAAAACCUUUUAGAGGACAAUGAAGAAGCCAAAACAAAAUCAGUUAUCCAUCAAGCUGCUAAAAUUGGUAAAGAUGAUGAAAAUGAAACCAGUGAAACGUCUAUGAUUAAAAGACGAUCUCAAGACAUUAGUCAAGAGCUAAAGUUGGCUUCAAAAGAAGAAGACUCAAUAGAAGAGGUAACUGCAGAUCAUCCAGAGGUUCUUUCCAUAAUAAAAGAGACUGUGAAAAUGACAAAGGAUAUGAACUUUGAACACCCAUAUGAAAAACAUGCUGAAAUAUUAGAGGAAGUCCUAAAAGAGGUAGUUGAAGGAAACAAGAACAGGUUUUCUGGUGCCCCAAAAUAUGGAGGAUGGAUACUGGACAACUGCCCUGUUAUAAAAGAGCUGUGGGCAGCCUUAGUGGAGAAAGGAAUUACACCAGAUUUAGUAAUCUGCUUAUCAAAUACAGAAAACAAUGGAAAGUAUUUACUUAAUAGGCUCUAUUUGGAGAAUAAACCUGAAAUUGACUCUAAGAUAUUAGAAAGAUUAUUAGAUGAACUACGAGAGAGAAAAACAGAGGAAGAAGCAGCAAGAAAAGCCAAAGAAGAGGAAUUGAGACUAGAAGAAGAAAAUCAAAGACUACUGGAUGAGAAAAGAAAAGUGGAAGAGACUGAACCUGAGGCCGAAGAGGAGAUUGAAGGUGAUGAGACUUAUAUUCCUGAAGGUUCUGAGGCCGUUGAGUUAGCCGAGGAGACUAGGGGGUCCUUACCUGAGGAAUCUGAAGUGUCCUUGGUCCCUGAAACAGAACCUGAAUCAGUAUCUGAGCCUACUGGGGAAACUACAGUUGGAACAGAAAUUCCAAAAGAAUCCAAAGAGGACCUAGAAAGUAAAUUAUCUGAAACAGUCGUACUACCUGAGUUUCCAGAAGAUGCUUAUCCUGAUGUUCCCGAAAUGGAACCAAUUAAAGAGAAGAUUAAAUCUUUCAGCUCUGUCUGGAAAUCUCUGGAAAAAAUAAUCACUGAAUUUUCCACUCAGAUUGUCGACUUGGAGAUUGCUGGCAAAACUCCAGAGCAACUACUUCAAAAAGUAGUUGAGACUAUGGAAAAACCUUUCCAGUAUGCUGGAUGGGAGCUAAGUUUGGAAGAUUUUGAAGAAGAAACAGAAGACUAUCAGGCUGAAAUGGAAGUUGAUGAGGAGCUAGAAGAGGAAGAUGAGGAAGAAGAAGAGAAUGAAGAUAGAGUGAAAGAGAAGAAAAGGCAUUUGGGAGAUACAAAGCACUUUUGUCCAGUGGUUCUCAAAGAAAACUUCAUCCUACAACCAGGCAACAUAGAAGAAGCAGCUAAAUAUCGAGAAAAGAUCUACUACUUUUCAAGUCCUGAGGCUAAAGAAAAAUUUUUGGAGCAUCCUCAGGAGUAUGUGGCUCAUAAAGAACCACUAAAGGCUCCUCCAUUAAGAGUAUGCCUUCUGGGCCCCCAUGGCUCUGGCAAAACUGUCUGUGGAAGACAUUUGGCAGAAAAAUUGGGCAUUUUUCACAUUCAGUUUGAAGAAUUUCUUCAAGAAAAACUAAUGCUCAAAACUGAAAAGAGUAUUGGACCUGAAUUUGAGGAAGAUGCUGAGGAAGAACAACUUGCAAGACAAGAACUUGAAGAGCUUGCAUUUCAGGCCAAUGUCACGAUUGAGAAAGACAAUACAAAGAAGCCGCUUUCAGAAGUAAAAUUUACAGAAGAAGAAGAAGCAAUCAAAUUAAGUCUAAUUGAAAAUGAGCUACUGCCUCCCGAAAUUCUUGAAGCAAUUCUUUCUGAGUGGUGGUUUAAGGAACCAAUACGCUCCACAGGUUUUAUAUUAGAUGGUUUCCCACGAUAUCCUGAAGAAGUCCAGUUUCUGGGGGAACAUGGAUUUUUCCCAGAUGCUGCUGUUUUUAUACAAAUUGAUGAUCAAGAUGUUUCUGAUCGCCUCCUGCCUUUCCUAAUUGAAAAGUGGAAACUGAAACAAAAGAAGAAAUUAGACAGGAAAAAACUUAUUAAAGAAAUGAAGGCAAAAAUCAAGGAUGUUAUGAUUUCUAGAAGAAGGGCUGAACUUAGAGCAGAGAAAGAGAAAAGAAGGAAAGGGGAGGUAUUUACCAUUUCUGAUGUUCUUCACUCAUCCCUGUGUGAUAGGAGCCAGAGGGAUGAGAAGAAUGUGCUCAUCUGAAUUGUUUUCCUGUGUUGUUUCCCCUGCCUGCGUUCAAGAUUUUUUUCUGUAUCUUUGCUUUUCAGUAGUUUCAUUUCUUUAUAUUUAUAUAGUUUUGGGUUCGCUAAGCUUCUUUACUCUGUAAAUUUAUGUCUUUCACUGCACUUCAGAAAACUUUAGACGUAAUUCCCUCAAAUAUUUUUUCUGACCCAUUUGUUCUGUCUUCUCCUUUACUCAUAGAUUAAAUUUUUCACUAUUGUUCCACAUGUCCCUGGAGCUGUUAAUUUUUUCAAUCCUUUUUUUUUUCUCUGUUUUAAGUUGGAUAGUUUCUAUUGAUCUGCCUUCAAAUUCACU